UGUAUCAUUCAGAAAGGUGUUUGUUCUAGUAAAAGAAAAAAAAUAGUAUUUCCUGAAAAUUGCUCAUUAGUUCUACCUGCCUGUUCUUUCUAGAGUUUUAGAAGAAAUUACAAGAGAAAAGCUCUUGACUCUUCUAGCAUUUUGUAGUACAGCAUUAUUAUCAAUCUCAUGAGAUACAAUCUCGGGCUAGGCAAACUUCGACAUGUGUGGCAUAGUGGCAAUCUACGCCAAGUGUAGAGAGUUUUUUUCCUGGAUUUUAAAAAGCUGAAAUAAGGAAAAAUUCCACAUCCAUGGAACUAUGGAGCACGGAGGACAGUCAGGAGAUAUCAGAUCAAAUAUCCUAUAAUCCUAUAUCCAUUGCUGGGAUAGGAAAGGGAUAGGCCGGAUAGCGGAUAGGACGUGCUCCACGACCUUGACUCCACGUCUAAUUUAGAGCCACUGCACAUUUUCAGCAGUUGUCAUAAUUUCGAAAUUUGUUUUGACUAGCAGACCAAUGAGAAAAAGAAAAUGCUAGUGUCAAGCGGUGUCGAGCUGUCUACCUGCUGGGUUGUUAACUUCUUAUCUUUGUCCAUGUAUUAGUUGUGGUGAUUGUAGGCUUACUGUUGACUUUCAGCGAGAAAUGUGAAAUUUCCUUGAAAGAAAAUUUUCCAAUUUUACACAAAACUAACGACUUACAGUACAUGAUGGAGACUAGCACCAAAGAUUUCGUGACUGGCUUAAGUUUAGCGAUCGCAUCUUGUUUUUUCAUUGGCUCUAGUUUCAUUAUUAAAAAACUUGGAUUACUCAGACUUCGUGGUUCAUCUUCAACUCCUGCUGCUGAUGGAGGCUUUGGAUAUCUUCGUGAUUGGGUUUGGUGGACAGGACUUAUCACAAUGGGACUUGGAGAGGCCAGUAACUUUGCAGCUUAUGCUUUUGCCCCUGCUUCUCUUGUUACCCCUCUUGGGGCCCUUUCCAUCCUCGUCUCUGCUGUGUUAGCUCCAAAGUUUCUCAAUGAGAAAUUAAAUCUUCUAGGCAAGAUAGGAUGUAUGCUUUGCAUGUUGGGUGCUUGUAUAAUUGUAAUUCAUGCUCCCAAAGAAGGUGAUGUGAAAUCGGUACAAGACCUGAAUAAAAAAAUCUUUGAAUCAGGUUUCUUGUAUUACGUACUAGUCGUGGUGGCCCUUACAAUGUAUUCUAUCAAAUUUAUCGUGCCACGCUACGGGAAAACAAAUGUUGCUGUAUACAUAUUCAUUUGUUCCAGCAUAGGCUCGUUGUCAGUCAUGUGCUGCAAGGGCCUGGGCCUGAGCAUCCGCGAAAGUAUAUCAGCCACCGAGAAAUCAUUUUUUAACAAAUCUUUUCUUAUGUUCAUGUUGGCACUUCUGAUUUGCAUCACAAUCCAGAUGAAUUACCUAAAUAAGGCGCUGGAUUCCUUCAACUCGAAUUUAGUCAAUCCCGUUCACUACAUAUUCUUUACCAGUUUUGUCAUCUUAGCGUCUUCAAUCUUGUUUGAAGAGUGGCGUUCUAUUGCUUCGAUAGAUGUUUUCGCUACGUUAGUUGGCCUCAGUGUAGUCAUCAUCGCCUUGUUUCUGAUUAGCGCUUUCAAUGAUUUACAAAUAACCCUAAAUGAAUUAUGUCAUUCACCCACGAGAAAGUACUUGAAUAAGUCUACGACUUUUGUACAGCGUAAAGAUCUACCUUGAAACACAUACAUCAAAGUUGCCGAAUCAAAAAUGUUGCCUCGUAUUUGUUCUUUAUUUAGCGUUAUUAGAAAUGUGUGCAAUUUGAUUGACAGAUUGACCCCAACAAUUCUAACUCUUUUGAAAAGUGUAUUUUAUUUUGAUUCUCGUUCCAAAAACGUAAACAUAUUCUUAUUAUCCACUGGUUUGACAAUAAAAUUAUGAAGGACUGCA